ACUCUUUUCUCCACACCAAACCUUCUUCCAAAACAUUCCGACUUUGCUCUUUCUCUCGCACUUCAGAGUGCUUCCUGUACCUAAGGGUGUGUUGGGUUGGGUAAAGCGAAGAUGAGCGUAGAAAUAUUGGACGGAUCGACCAUUCGCGAGUUCGUGGAAGACGAGGGGGCCUUCAAUGGCUCGGUCGAGGAACGGUUCGCGAACCUCGACAUGGACCACGACGGGCUGCUCACGUACCCGGAGAUGGCGAGGGAGCUGAUGAGCCUCAGGGUGCGCGAGACCCACUUUGGCGUGGACGAAGCGGGGUGGAGCCAUGAUGAGCUCCUGCAGCUAUAUCUUGGCCUCUUUGGUCGAUUCGAUCGCGACGGCAAUGGAACGGUGGACUUGGAGGAGUUCCGGGCUGAGAUGAGGGAGGUGAUGCUGGCGGUGGCGAGCGGGCUGGGGUUCCUGCCGGUUCAGAUGGUGGUGGAGGAAGGCAGCUUCCUCAAGAAGGCUGUGGAGAGGGAGUCGGCGAAGCAUGUUGUGGCAUGAACGAGUGUCCCACCAAUCUAGUGUCUUUUUCGUGUCGAAGACUUUGUCACACAGUGUCAGUCUUUUGUUACUUUCAUUCCCAAAUGUUGUCUUCGCGAAGAGAAUAAAUACACAGUCUUCUUCUACUC